AUGGUACAAGUUUUCCAAAUUGUAGUCAUAUUCUGGCAAAAAAUCUGGCGGAGGCGGAGAAGUCUUGUUCAUCGGUACAAGGUUACACAAAAGCUGCUCUGA